GGUCCCUCCUCCCGCCGCCGCUGCUGGAAUCUCGGCUGCCCAGGCCGCCGGCUGCUCCAAGCCCGCUCCGCUCUGCCUUUGCACAGGGCUGAGCCGCGCCGAGCCGAGCCGGGCCAGGCCGGGCCGGGCUGGGAGGGGAGCAAGGUGGUCCAGCAUCUGAAGACCCCCGACUGGCCUUUCCCAGCCGGACAGUGAGGGCAUGAGCAGUGGCCAGCCACCGCGCAGGGAAGGACACGCCGUGUGUGGGACCCCCGCGAGGGGCGCAAUGAUCAGCCCGAGGCGCCCCCCUGCGGCUCCUCGAUCCGGCUGAGCCGAGGCGCUGGCCCCCCAGCCACGCCUGAGCCCAAGUCUUGCCUUUCGGCACCUGCACCAUGAGUCACGGUGCCGGCUCCAGGCUGGCCGACUCUCCCCAGCUCUCCAAGAGCAGCCUCCUGAACAUCCUGGGCAGCCCCUCGCCCGAGCGCAUGGGCCUGGCUGAUUCCCUGCCGCCCACCCCCCAGAGUGGGACCCCCUCCCCAGGGCCCCCGCCGCUGCCCCUGCUGCCCGGCGGCUCCCCGGGGCUGGAUGGGGACUGGGAGAGCCGGGAAGAGCUCCGCCUCCGGGAGCUGGAAGAGGCCCGGGCCCGGGCAGCCCAGAUGGAGAAGACCAUGCGCUGGUGGUCAGACUGCACGGCCAAUUGGAGGGAGAAGUGGAGCAAGGUGAGGGCUGAACGCAACAAGGCCCGGGAGGAGGUGCGGCAGCUCCGGCAGAAGCUGGAGGCCCUGACCAAGGAGCUGACCGGGGCCCGACGGGAGCGGCAGGAGGCCCUGAACCAGAGCGAGCAGCUGGGCAAGGAGGUGGCUCGGCUCAGGGGCGCCCGGCUGCAGGAGGAGCAAGAGCUGGAGAACCGGCAGGAGAGAGCGGAGGCUCACGAAGAGCACAAGGCUAGGGGCCGAGAGAAGGAGCUGGACAACAGGGAGGCCUCCGAGAAGGAGAGCCAGGGGGGCGGCCUGGAGCAGGAGCCCGUGCGGGACGUGGGCUUUGAGAAGCCCGCCAAGAAUAAGGAGCUGGAACUGAUGGAGAACCUUCUGAAGAGCAAGCAAGAAGGGCCUGAGAACUGGGAGGCACGAAGCAUGGGGAGUGUCCGCACGAGCUUCAGCCGGCAGGAACGAAGCCGGCUGCUCUGGGAGGAGGUAUCCACCAUUGAGGAGGAUGUCACCAAGGUGACUGCCCUGAAGCUUCGGCUGGAUGAGUCCCAGAAGGUGCUGCUCAAGGAACGCGAGGAUAAGCUGUCACUAAGCAAGAACAUUGAAAAACUGGAAGGGGAGCUCAGCCAGUGGAAGAUCAAAUACGAGGAGCUAAGCAAAAACAAGCAGGAGGUGUUGAAGCAGCUCAACAUCCUUAAAGAGAUGCACCAGGAUGAGUUGGGCCGCAUGUCAGAGGACCUGGAAGAUGAACUUGGGGCUCGGUCCAGCAUGGACAAAAAGAUAGCAGAACUUCGGAGUGAGAUGGAGCGUCUGCAGGCAGAGAACGCCGCUGAGUGGGGCCGCCGAGAGCGGCUUGAGACAGAGAAGUUAAAUCUUGAGAGGGAAAACAAGAAGCUUCGAGCACAAAUUGAGGACCUGGAGGAGGUGUUGGCCCGGAAGCGGCGUCAGACAGCCAGCGCCCUGGAUUCGGACCUCAAGGCCAUUCAGGCCGAGCUCUUUGAGAAGAACAAGGAGCUGGCAGACCUCAAGCAUGUGCACACCAAGCUGAAGAAGCAGUACCAGGAGAAGAUGGCAGAGCUGGCCCACGCCAACCGUCGGGUGGAGCAGCACGAGGGGGAGGUCAAGAAGCUGAGGCUGCGCGUGGAAGAACUAAAGAAGGAACUGGCCCAAGCUGAAGACGAGCUGGAUGAAGCCCAUAAUCAGGCUCGGAAGCUGCAGAGGUCCCUGGAUGAGCAGACAGAGCAUGGUGAGAACCUUCAAGUACAACUGGAGCAUCUGCAGUCAAGGCUCCGUCGGCAGCAGAAUGCCCCCCUCUUUGGGAAGAUCCGGAGUUCUCGGUUUGGAGCUGAAGAAGCUGGGGAUGGUACAAGUGACCUGGAUGAGGAUGAAGACCUCCAGAUCCAAGUCCCUUAGGGCCGGGAAGGAGGAGGGAGGGUGCAGCUUGCAUCAGGACCAUCCUUGGGCCUUCUCCGAGAGUUGCGGCUGGUCUUUUUUCACGUGGACGGCCCUGGGCUGCGAGCCGUGGGACAAAGUGGGACAGAGCUGCUCAGAACCUGGCCCUCACCAGGCUGAGAUAGGGCGCACCCCACUCGGGACGGGCUGAGGCCAUCUAGUGGACCCCCGUGGCCAGAGUUCAUGCCCCUUGUCUCCCAGCCAAUUCCGCCUGCUCCCCUUUGUACCUCUCCUUUCUCCCCUGGCCUCCACCCUACCCUCAACUUUCUGCAAAGUCAACAAGGACACACUAAAAAUAAGAUAAUGACUUUAUUGGGCCACUAAAGAGCAAAGUGGGAGCUGAGGUCAACCACAGUCCUGCCUAUCCAAGUCCCUGAAAAGGUGGGAGAAGCGUUUUAUUAUACAUAUUUUAUAUAUAUAUAUAUAUUUUAUAUACAUACAUACAUACAUAUAAGUAUGUGUGUCCUUGUACCUGUUUUAUUUUUAUAAACAUAUGAACUAAGGGAGAGGCUGGCUGCUGUUAAAAGAUUUGGGGAUUUAACUCGGACUCCCUCUCCCUGGUUUGGGGCAUCCUUUUGGAUUUCUGCAUUAAAAGAAGGGAGCCAGGAAGCCAUUGGGAAGACCAUCUCAAGCCCAUUUCCAGGGGUCUGAUGAGUGGGCCAACAAGCACAUUUUUACAAAUUCAGACUUUUUUUAAAUAAACUGAGUUAAGAUCGCCUGAAGUUGAGCCUGACUAUGGAAAAGCAGGAGGCAAAAACAAGGCUUUUGGCCUUGAAAGUAUCUUUCUGAGAUGGGAGGGACAGUCUCAGACACCACUGCCUCUUCCUCCUCCACUCAAGGUCAUGGGGGCUGGCGCCCUAGACAUAGCGCCCGGAGUGUCUGGGACCCCCAUCCUCUGGGAGAGACACUGAAACGUGGGGGGCAAGGAGCCCACAGCCAGUGACCCCCCCCCAGGCAUUUCUGUUGCCCCUCCAAAGUGAAGGGAUUGGUCCGGCUGACUUCCCAAGGUCCCUUCUAACGCUGAUAGCAUAGGAUCCUCCGACCAUGGGGGUGAGGGGGGCGGACCAACAUCUACUGCAGAGAGGUUAUUGUUCUAAGAGCCCCACCCCACUCCCUCUCCCCCUCUUCCCCGACAGGCUGUUAAUAAAACAUGGGCCCUGACAAUUUCCAUGUCACCAAGCCACACUCUAAUACUGUUCUUGGAGACAGGCCUAAAAUGAUGAUAAAAAAUUUAAAAACGAUGGUGCAAGCCGAUUUUUUAUGGGCAAUGUGGGGCUUGUUGCCAUGGAAACGAGAGGCAACAGCUCUCUUCCUGGACGCUCAUUUUCCUUGAGAGGAGGUGCUGGAGGAAGUGUUGGGUGAUGGGGAAACACAAGGACGUUAUCCUGCCCCCAUGUCCCCUCCACUUUCCAAAGCUCAGCCAGAGGGAUGGGUCAGGGGCCCUCUCUAGGAGAGGGACUGUUUCCUGCCCUGGGUGGAUUAAAAAUAAAAAAGGAACUUGACCAUAAGGAGAAACUAAAAAGACAUGCCUUUGGCCCUAAAUCCUGUGCAUAAAGUGACAAGAACCUUCAAAGCCAAAUCUCGAAGCAAUCUUCCUUCCCCCACCACACUCGGGGUCCCCUUCUACCAUCCCCCAUCCCAUUCAGCUGCCGGGACAUUCUCAGACACACAACAGACCUAGUCAGGCUGGGCUGGUAUUUCCCCGCCAGACUCCCUGGCACCUCAAGCAAGAUAGUGUCUGAACAGAGCAGUAAUUACAGAGGCUGUAUCUUCCUUUGCCUGGCUGCCCCCUGUCCACUCCUUCCAUGUGGCAAGAUCUCUAGGAACCUCCCAUCUCCACUAGGAGAUUGGGAGACUGGGGGUUGGAGGGGUGGGAGAUAUUGGGGGAUGGGAAUUUUGGUGCCGUUUGGGAAAAGCUUGGGAUUGCUAUGUCCUGUUUGCAGUCCUGGGUUUUAUUCGGCUUUACCAACUCCUGGAAGUGAAAUGACUAAAGAUCUACAAGUCAGGUGACCUAUGGGCUAGUCUUGGCUUUGUAAAAUGAAGGAAUUAGACUGAAUGGUCCCUGAGGGCCCUUCCAUCUUUGAUAUAUGUCAUGAGUCUAUAAGCAGCCUUGACACUGGGCGAGCUGGUGUCCCAGCUGAGCCCCAGAGUCUCCCUUUUGUGCUUGCUUCCCUAGUCUGACCUCCAAGACACCAGGCAGGGUUCCCCAGUCCCUUAAUAUCCUACCAUUCCCAACAAUCACCUUCCACUGAAAGUUCUCUCUAACAGAUUCUUUUGGGUCUUUUCUUUGGCUUCAAGUAUUUUCUAUAAAAAUGAAAAUGUUCCUGCUAGAAGUAAUCCUAAUCCUAAAUACCAUUGUAUCACUUGCUACCUUAAGUAAGACUAGUCAAAACUCAAUAAAGGCAAGAUUUUUCCCACCGGAACACAGGAAAAGUUCCUUGGGUGUUGAAGGA